AGUCUUGUUGCUCCUUCUCACAUUGCAAUUUUAUGGUGCUGCUGCUGGAAAUGUAAGGAUCCCCUGUAGACCUUCCAAUGAACUCUUCCUCCAGUCAUCAGGAAAUGCGUAUGGAAUGCAAGGAUGGCAGGGGCGGACUGACCAUUCGAGCACUCGGGCAUUGCCCCAGGCCCGAGGUCAGAAGGGGGCCCCAUGAAAUGCCCCUGGUACCUUUUCAUAGGCUUUUUUGGGUGUGGUUUGAGUGUGGGUGAGGACACAGGGGCCCCAUGAUCCCCUAUUGCCCGGGGGGCCCCAU